AUGAUUGCUUUACGUCAGAGGCUAUUAGACUAUCACGUAACACUAGCUCAAACAACUUUUUACGUUCAAACUUUGUUCAAUUUCAGUGAGAUUCAUCGAGAUGGACUGGAUGCCGGGUCUGCAUUUGCUGUAUAUUACAAAAAUAAAAAAGUAGUCGACUUAUGGGGUGGAUAUACAAACACUAAGACUGAACAACCGUGGAAAGAAACUACAAUUUCUAUGUCAUUCUCUGUCACCAACGUUAUGGUGGCGCUGUGCAUGGCCGUAGCGGUCGAUCGAGGCUAUGCCGAUUACAAUCACCCGGUGGCGCACUACUGGCCGGAGUUUUCACAACAAGGAAAAGGCAAUAUUACCAUAAAACAUGUACUUAACCACGUGGCGGGCGUUCCAAUGACGUCAGAACGUAUGACCCUCGCGAAGGCUACCAAUCAGGAAAUAUUAGUAAAUAUGCUGGAAACUACAAAACCCAUGUGGCCUGCUGGUGAGUCACAUGGGUUCCACGUUCUCACUAUGGGUUGGAUUAUUGAUCAAAUUAUUCGACGGGUGGAUCCCUUGCACCGUAGUCUAGGACAAUUCUUUGACGACGUGAUUGCAAAGCCGUUUGAUAUUGACUUUUAUAUAGGUUUACCCGGGCAUCUACAUCAACACGUCGCUGACUUACAAAGUACGAACAAUGUAGAACUGUUUUCUUUGCACCCAUUACUUCAGUCGAUAUGGUCACGUACGUGGAAAUCUUUGAGAUACGAGGAUAUGGCGUCACAAGUAUUUAUUAAAGGAGGGGACAUAAUGUGGACGGAAUUUGACGAAGAAGACAUAUACCAGUUUAAGACUUUGACAUUCUAA